AUGGAGAAAAAAUCAUGGGUUUGUACUGUAAUCAUACAGCUCGCCCUCUGUUUUGCUCUCUACUAUGCCAUCAACUUCGUUCGUGGUGGAUUUAGAGCUCCCAAAGAACAAACCCGUCUUCUUAAACAGAUAGAGAAGGUGAUGAAUACUUAUAAGGUGGGAUUUGUGAUUAACAUCAGUGAGCUUGGUGAAGAUGAUCCACUCUUACAAAAUGCAACACAAUAUUUCAAUCCAUUUGAAGGCUCCAUGGUACACUACUCUCUAAAUAAUGGAAUGAUACAGGAUCCUUCAGAAGUUCAGUUAAAACAGUUGUCAAGAAAACUCGAAUCAAGCAAUAGUAACUGGCACAUUGCUACUGGAUUUCAUCCACUAUUCUGCAAUCAAAGUUGGAAUCAAACACAAGCAAAAGGAAACAAUGUUAUGCUACAAAUGUUGAUGAAUCAUGGAGUGGUAUUCUACUCUCUCACAUCCCAAAUGUUUAUAAAAAAAGUUUGA